AAACCUAAACGUAACCAAUUAUUUUACCUCUUUUAGGCUGAAAAUGGACAAAUCAUUUGUGAUGUCACACCCAAUGUGCCUCAUUGAGAAUCAGGAAGAAAAUAAACUUGUCAUCAAUCAGCAAGCAGUGGCGAUCUUGCAGGGAAUCACUGAGCCGGUUAUUGUCGUGGCAAUAGUAGGGAAAUAUAGAACGGGAAAAUCUUACUUGAUGAACAAACUGGCUGGAGAGAAUAAUGGAUUCGCUCUGGGGUCCACCGUUGAGUCCAAGACCAAAGGCAUCUGGAUGUGGUGUGUUCCUCACCCACGCAAACCUGGGCACACCCUGGUACUGCUGGACACGGAGGGACUGGGGGAUGUAGAAAAGGGAGACAGUAACAAUGAUACUUGGAUCUUCUCACUAGCCGUUCUCCUAAGCAGUACUCUGGUGUAUAACAGUGUGGGGACUAUUGACCAAGACAGCAUGGAGAAACUUUAUUAUGUACAGGAGCUGGCGGAGCGGAUAAAGCUAAAAGCCAAGACAGCCGAUGAUGAUGAUGAUGAUGAUGAUGAUGAUGAUGAUGAGACUGCAGAGUUCAAACGGAUCUCCCCAUCAUUCAUAUGGUGCGUCCGAGACUUUACUUUGAAGAUGGAGCAUAAAGGGAAAGAAAUUACAGAAGAUGAAUAUCUACAAAACGCUCUUAAGCUCAGGAGAGGAAAUAAAUCCAGUAAAUUACAUGCUUACAACCUCCUCCGGGAAUGUAUCACUGAAUUUUUCCACUCCCAUAAAUGCUUUGUGUUUGAGCGCCCAGCAUCUACAGCAGACCUCGAAUGUCUGGAAGAACUUCCAGAGUCAAAACUUGAACCCAAAUUUGUAGAACAGACACACAAAUUUUGUGACUAUGUGUUCGAGAACAGCCAGACCAAGACCUUGCCUGGAAGAAAUUGUGUGACUGGGAGAAUGCUGGGGAAUUUGGCGGUCACAUACGUGGAGUCUAUCCGGAGUGGCUCAGUCCCCUGCAUGGAGAACGCUGUUCUGGCCCUUGCCCAGAUUGAGAAUACAGCCGCCAUUCAGGAGGCACUGUCUGUCUAUGAGGCUGAGAUGAAGCAGGCAGAAGGCACGUUCCCUACAGAUACAGAGGAAGAGUUUUUUCAAAAGCAAACACAAUGUGAGAAGAUGGCAAUGAAGGUUUUUAUGGAAAGGUCAUUCAAGGAUGAUAAAAGAGAGUAUCAGGGUCAGCUCAUGGGAGGCUUAUAUCAGAAAAAUACAGAAUAUGCUAGACGCAAUGAAGAAGCAUCGAUACACAAGUGUGAGGAUCUUCUGAAGGUCCUAAGUGCCAGUCUGGAAAAAGGGAUAAAUGAUGGCGAUUUCUGCAAACCUGGAGGGUACAAAGAGUUUUUGGAGGAGAAACAGAAGAUAACGGAUACCUAUAACAAUAGCCCUGGGAAAGGGAUAAAGGCUAUUAUGGUGUUGCAAUUGUUCCUUCAAGUAAAGAACACUAUAGAGGUUUCCAUCCUAAAGGCAGAUGAAUGUCUGACAGAGGGGCAGAAAGAUAAAGAAGAGCAGAGAAUUCAAAGGGAAGCUUUAGAGAGAAAACUGCAGGAAGAGAUGGAUGCUGUCAAGCAAAUGGAAAAAGAUAAAAAGGAGAAGGAGCGAUUCUUCGAGAAACAGGUAGAAAUGCUUAAGGAGAAGAUGAAAGAGGAACAUGAGAAGUAUCGAGAGGAAACUCAAUGGCUGAUUGACGAGAAAACAAAGGAAAUAGAGCAGCUGCGUAAGGAUGGAUUUGAUACAAAGGCUGAGAGGCUACAAGAACAGGUGCAGGAUCUGGAAAGGCAGAAUAUAGUGAGCAACAGCAGCAGUGAAUGGCUAACUCAAGGUGUUUGUGCUAUUGCUGAAGUAGCAUCACUUGUUUUACCAGGGAUAGUUGGAAAAACUUUAGGUUUAGUACCCGGCCUCCUAAAACAUUGAAAAUGAUGUCUCAUUGCUUGAUACCAGCAGAGUGGGGCCAGUAGCACUGUCACCCAAGGCCAUAUUAUUUAGCACCAUGCCACAACACCCAGUAAUACUGUCCAUGCAGGGCCCCUGAUGAUUGGUCCACUUCCUACUCUCUGCUUGCUCCUUCCCCAGUUCAUUUCUCCCCCUACUAUUGCACCCAUCUGCUUAUGGCCCAGGUACAUGCCAGUUCUGCCUACCCCUUAUUCUGACCCUGGAAACAGAAGGCUGAACCUACCAUGACAGAUACUGUAACUGGUAGAUUUUCUUGUAUUUAUAUGCAUUAGGUAUUUUUUCCUCAUAAUGUGCUAUAUAUUCAAAAAUGUAUAGAUAAUUACGGUAACAGGAAACAAUAUCAGCCAUUUAGGAAGAUCUAUGAAAAACUGAAAAUGUUUCUAGACCAUGAAGGAAACUCAUAUAUAGGUCAGUCGUCUGGAUGCUGGUUGUGAAACAAAUUAACAAAAUGUACAUUGGUCUUAGCAUUGAAAAACAAAAAGUAUUUUUACUGAAAAUCUGCUUUUCUGGUCAUAUAACGUGACCUUCCUCAGGGAUAAACAAACAGAAUUGGAUAUAACCCACUCCUUAAAAAUCCAAAACAUCAGAUAUUUAAUAAAAAUACAAACACCCGUCACACCGGUAUAUGUUGUUAAUGUGUAUAUAUUGAUAUAUAUAGAUAUAUCAAACCAACUGUAGCUCCUAAGAUUACUAGAUAUUAUCUUUGUCAUAUAAGUCAUCCAAGCCCCUCUUAAAGGCAUUAACAAAAUCUGCCAUCACAAUAUCCCCCAGCAGGGCAUUCCCC